AUGUCUUCUGCCUCCAAGAACCCUACCGCCUCUGAGCACGCCCGUCUUCAGAAUGAUUUCGGCGCUGACUACUGGGUUCGCUCUGCCCAAGAACACCGCCGCGCAACUGCCGGUCGUGGCCUCUUCGCGGGUCUACAGGAUACCAAGCACUACAACGUCGAGUCUGGCUGGGCUAGACGUAAGUCUGCAGAUUCGCAAAAUGGAUUCCUUGGUUCGAUCUGGGGUCGUCUCACUGGUACUUCGCCUUAG